AUGCCACCAUCGGAAAAUAGAGCAAUUCAGGCAUUCGUUUAUCAAUGUCAUAUCAUUAGUGGUAUCGGGGGCCCCACGGAUAGAAUUUCUUGGCUGCUCAACAUAAUCCUAAAUCAGCUGCUCAGAUAUGUCCCUGCCCACCUCAGCAGUUCUAGCAACUUCCUAAAACAUCUCCGCAGUACCUCACUUGAGCGUGAAUGUGUAGUAGAGACCUUUGACGUUACGUCACUCUAUACGAACGUUUCAAACGAUGUAGCGAUGCAGGCUGUUCACGAACUGCUCACGCAGCGCCAGGCUUCUUUGAACAUGUAUGGAUUCAGCAUCAGGCAGAUCAUGACAUUGAUAAACGAAUGCCUGAAUUGCUCUAUUUUCCGAUGGUCGGGACAGUACUACCGACAACUUAGAGGCCUAGCUAUGGGACAAAGGCUGGCACCCACUCUCGCCAUUGUUUUCAUGGCCAAGAUCGAAAAGCCUAUAAUAGACCGCAAACCACUGCUGUAUUAUCGUUACAUAGAUGAUUGCUGCGUCGUCUGCUCAACCCAAGCAGAACUAGACGCGUGCUUCAAUCUUCUCAAUCAGCAGUGUCCGCACAUUAAGUUCACAAGGGAGAGACCGAUAGACAACUGGUUGGCUUUCCUGAAUGUGCACAUUUACUUGCGGAAUGAGAUAUGUAAGACUAAGUGGUACCGGAAACCCAGUAGUAAAAACAUCUUAAUCCACUAUCCUUCAGCGCAUCCCAGCAAAAUGAAAAAAUCUGUUAUAGGUAACAUGUACAGAACGGCGGCAAGAGUCUCAUCGAGUAGCCAGGAAAAAGCAUGGUCUAUAAAUGUGGCCGAUAAAGUAGCAAUGUCCAAUGGGUACCCAGCUGGAGAUGGUGCUACCCGACAAGCACGGUAUCCCUCUCGAAGACCCAACGUAGUGGAUGGCCCAGAGAAGAUCCCUUUCUGUUUACCUUAUAUAUCUGAUGAUAUGAGCAGAGCAGUACGGGGCUGUCUACGAAAAGCGGGUCUAAAGAAUGACGUGAGGGUUGUGGAAAUACCUCCAGCAAACCUCAAGGGGAAGCUGGUACGUAACCGUGUGUAUGAUCGACUCUGCACAACUCCCAGCUGCGUGGUUUGCCCGUAUGGCAGAGAGGGUGAUUGCAUGAUAUCGGGAGUGGUGUAUCGUAUCACGUGCAGGUUGUGCGGUGACGAUUAUAUUGGGGAAACGGGACGCCCAUUGUGUAUUAGGGUCAAGGAGCAUCUAGAUGGACUCGCAAAAUCAAAAACCUUCACCCCACUUGGAGCACACCGUAGAAUAUGUCAUCCAAACUCCGAAGUAGAGGUAGAAGUUCGUAUAUUAUCUUACGAGUCCGAAAUCACAGCACGCAGAACGCUAGAGGCCUUUUGGAUAACCGCCAAAAGUCCAAAAAUGAACAAGAAGGAUGAGUGCAUUGCGAUCACAAACGAGUUAUCCCCGUAUCAAGACUUAUGCGGGUUUUGA